UGCAAGUGCCGGUUCUCGGCUGCACUUUCCUCACGCUGUCAGAUCGUGAGGAAAAGUACUGCGGCCGAGAACCGGCAGUUGUCAGAGCAAGGAUCGGCACCGAUCAUCAGGGCACUGAUGAUCAGUGCUGAUGAUCGGCGCCCAACAGUGCCACCCGCAAGUUCCGCCCACCUGUGCCCAGCAAUCGCCCACCUGUGUUCCCAGCAGUGCACCCACCUGUGCCCAGCAGUGCACCCACCUGUGCCACUCUGCAGUGUCACACACCUGUGCCCAGAAGUGCCACCUACCUGUGCCCAGCAGUGCCACCCACCUGUACCCACCCACCUGUGCCCACCAGUG